UCACCCUCUUCCACAAGCUCUGAAUCACACAUCGAGUGAAGAAUGGAGUGGGAGCACUUGACGUCAGUUGGAGAAUCAUCCACAGGACCAAUAGGAUAGUAACAAGCGAGAGUCAAUGCCAGCGAAUUGCCAAUAUCAUUAGCGGUGUGUCAGCCAAGACUUAACGUCUCCUGUGAGAAAUAGAAUCAGAAAAGAGUUGUUACAAUAACGGUAAAAGAAAACAGAGGGUUUAUAUUAUACAUCGGUGCCGGCGGUUACCGGUUAUAGUCUUCACCCGCGCGCCCAAUGUCUCCAUCUUCCCUGUGAACAGCUGUCAAGGAAUGCGUAUGGGCAGACCUCAACAAGCCAUCUCAACAUCACUUGACUGAGGCAUAGUGACACGCACGGAUGCACUGUGAUGAUUCACUCUCUGCCGCAGCUAUGAGUAACCAAUUCCAAAACACCUCUUCCCCAAUCUGGAGUGUUCAAGAAGGAGGGAAUUCCACGCCACCUCCAACAUUUGAGCUGGAGCCGGUGCCUGUCAGCGUGAAUCCCUGGGAUAUAGUAUUGUGUGUCACAGGGACCUUAAUGUCCUGUGAAAAUGCAAUCGUGAUUGCCUUAAUUAUUUACACGCCCACCCUGAAAGCGCCCAUGUUCGUGUUGAUAGGGAGCCUGGCUUUUGCGGACCUACUGGCAGGGCUUGGUUUGAUAGUGAAUUUCACCAUCACCUACAUAUUUGAUACGGGAUUCGCGACGCUGCUAUCAGCUGGACUGCUCAUCACUGCCUUUUCGGCCUCCGUUCUCAAUAUCCUGGCAAUCACUGUGGAUAGAUACCUGUCCCUCUACAACGCACUGACAUACCACACAGAAAGAACAGUGAUUUUUACCAUCGUCACACUGGUGCUCAUUUGGGUGACUAGCAUCACUCUGGGCGCGUUACCGAUCAUGGGUUGGAACUGCCUUAAGGAUGAGACUACUUGCAGUAUUUGCGCUCCCAUUGAUAAAAAUCACGCUGCAGCACUGGCUGUGACUCUUCUUUUUGUAUUCGCACUCAUUUUGCAACUAUACCUCCAGAUUUGCAAGAUUGCUUUUCGUCACGCGCAGCAAAUCGCGGUGCAGCACCAGUUCAUGACUACCUCCCACUCCUCCUCCACCACUAAAGGGGUCUCCACCCUCUCCAUUAUACUUGGCACAUUUGCAUUGUGCUGGAUCCCCUUCGCCAUGUACUCUCUGGUGGCGGACAUCAGAUACCCCCCCAUCUAUACCUACGUCACCGCUCUCCCAGCCAUUUGUCACUCAAUGAUAAACCCCAUCAUUUAUGCUUUCAGAAAUCCCGAGAUACAGAAAUCUAUGAGACUGGCUUGUUGUUGUGGAUGUGCAUCUUCCAACUUCCCUCUGCGACCAAGGACGCCAAGUGUUGUCUAGGCAACUGUUGUAUGUUAGCCUAUAGCCUCUAAUCAAGUAGUUACAAACACAUCACAAUCUUAAUGACUAAUCCGAAAAGAUUUGUGGGUGUUUUGUUUUGCAUUUCAUGUGUAUUGAAUAACUACUGUACGUCUGAUGUCCUCUUGUAUAUUUUACUGAGCAUAGCAUUAGGAUUUCUGCUCUCAAAAUAAACCCGUUCAAUUUCUCUAAAGGAAGUGUAAUUGUCCCAGAGCUACCAGUGCAGUAUUGAUGCGUUUAUAUGGAGGUAGUAGCCUUCACUGUACGAGCGAGCCCUCAUAUAAAGGCCUCAUAUAACAAACAACCUUUAGAUUAUAAUUGAUGCAUCUGUACAUGUCAUGUGCAAUGACUCGGUGUCGCUCAUAAUGGCAUUUAAAGUAGCCCCUAACUCAUUAGGCAAAUACGUGUUCUGUGUCAGUACAAUAGGCCUAAUGUCCCCGUAUUGAUUCAAUUCAUUUGGAAUAAUGUUUAUCAAAGGUUGUUGAAUGUUCAUCAGGAGGAUGUCGAAACUUGGUACUGACUUACCGCGUCUCUACACCUUCAAAAUGUUUAAACUGUCCCUUCAGUCUGUCAUACAGUGGGGCAAGUAAAAGUGAGCCAAUGUGUGAUUUACGCAUGGUUUAUUGCGAGGGGGAAAUGCUGGAAUGAGUGGACUAUGUAGCUCAGCGUUAUCCGCAAAGCCGUUUCAGCACCAUAGACAACGAAACGUGAGCCAUCGCCCACUCGAUAACGGACGCAUAUGCCUGGUAAUGCGAGCUAUGUAACUAGUACUGUAGGAGUGGAGAAUAAGCCUCAUUUGUGUGCUUUUUUAAUUCAAGACAAAAGCAGCAAAAUAGUGUCAGCCAAGGUUUUCCAAAUGAACGCACCCAGACAGUAUCAUAUAUUCCCUGUGUGACGGGCCACUCUAAAUGUUUCAAGGGGGGAAACCCUUUGCAUUCGUCAUGCGCAACACUAAUGGAUUAGAAUUACAAUAGACUACGUGCAAUAUCUGUAUGCCUAUAGCCUACCUAGACCCUCCGUAGACCUUACACAUCGACAUCUGAUUGACUUCUGAUGUCAUAAAAUAUUUUUGUUGCUUGCCCACUAAAAACAAAUGGUUCUACAUAGUGCCAAAAAAGGGGGCAUUUCGCUUGUUACCAUAGAAUAUAUUUUCUUUGGUGCUAUAUAUAUCACUUUUUUUCAAUUCUAAAUUGAACCUGUAUGGGCAAUAAAGAAUCAUUUCGUAAGGUUCUAUAAAUAACCAUUAAAACAUGUUAUAUAGCACACAAAAAAAGAUUCCGCUAUGGUUACAACCCUUUUUGGGGCUAUAUAGAACCCUUUUAAUGGUUCUUCAUAUAACCUUUAUGCAGAAUGGUUCUAUAAAGAACCUUUCUCAAUCUAAACAGUUCUUUGUAGAUCUAUUUGAAGAACCAUACAGGUUUUUUUUAUUCUGGUUAGCCAUAUUGUUAAAAUUCCAUAGGUGUUAUUAUUGUGUUAAUUGACAAGUUGAAUCAGAUGUGCUAGCUCUGGAACUGCUGGGGUGCCUGAGGAAAGAAUUGAGAACAACAGUUCUCAGUUGACACAAGGCCACACAUGAGUCUUUCACUAGACACUGUUUCUAAACCAUAGUCAUAUAUAACAUGUCAUGGCAUAACACAACAGAUUAGAGAAACUAGAAUAAAUGAGCCGCUGGCCCUAAAUAUUUAUUAUCACUAAAAGAACAAUGAAACCUUUUGUGAACUGUAAAGAACCAUUGAAGGGCUCAAAGGGUUCUAUGAGUCAUUAUGGUUCCACAUAGAACCAUCACCCUUCCCAAAGAACCCUUGAUGAACCCUCUUUUCUCAUGUUUUCACAACAAAUCAAUGUUUAGGCCAUGUACACAUAGAUGUCUGUAGGGUAGUUGUACAGAAUGGUUGCAGUGCAUCAUUUAAGAAAAAGCUAAAUUAUGCAAAUUGUAGGCUACAGUUUUGUUCUGCUGUAAUAGCACUCAUUCCAAUAGUUGGUAAAUACAAAUGUUCUAAUGUUUUAAUUGUUUUUGCCUUACUUUGUCUCACGGGCAAUAAUGUAUAACUUGUGUGUUAAUAGUGAUAAACUGAAUGACAUUACAUGUUGUUUCUCAAUAGAACGUGAGCACUAUACAUAACUACUAGCCACUUGUCAGUUUAUGACUGUAUAAUACAGUAGCUGCAUCACUAUGACUUCAGUAAUGUAUGGUGGACAAGUUCAGUACUUGAAUGAUAAUGCAAUGUCUGUUGUUUGAGAUGUGUGUGGAGAGCCCUUACAGAAUGUAGGCUCAUCUACUGCCUAUUCACUAGUAGUUCCGUCAAAGAGCUGCUAUAAGCAAUCCACAAUAAUUGGAACCCUCAAUUUGAUAUGCUAUGAUUAGAGUCAAGUCGGAGGGAACUCUGCAACUAGAGUCAUCACUAUUGAAUUGAAGGCUGUCUCCUGUGUGCCACAAAGCUUUGCUUGUGGUAAUACUAAAUGGAAUGUUUGUGUAUGAUUCAAAUGAUUGUCCCAAACACUGAUCCCCUUGGUCAUCAUCCUCCACUGUCAGCAUGAUUUGAUUUUGCUAUGUCAAGAUCUAGUAUUCUCACAGGGUUUGGAAGUCCUUAAGGUCUUAUCAUAUUGAUAUAAAGCUAUAUUUUUAUAUAUUUAUUGAAAUAAAUGUAUGUUGUUUGUAUCUCUUAUUUGUUUUAAAUAAUCAAUGAUGUUUUUGUCUUAAGGAAAACCACUUCAAUGUGUCUUGUCCAACCAGUUUAGAAAUGUGUUUAAGGUUUGAUUGUUUUUAUACCAAAACAAUUGAAAAGCUACUGUCAAAGUUGUUUGCUUUCAUAAGAUGCCGGGGCACUCUUUGUUGCAUGGUUAAUUUCUGUUCAAAACACCUCACCAUAUUGUCACCAAGACAGGGUUUUAGUUUGGGUUUUUGUAACAAAGGUAACCAACCAAAUCUGUAGCAAGGAGACAUCCAAACCAGGUGUCUGUGAAAGAGGCCAAUAAAGGUUUUUGUUUACCAUG